UACUAAUAAAUGAUGAUGUGGCAGCAUAAUGAGACCUACUAGUUUGCAAAAAUCCCAAUUUACUUCAAAAUAUUUCAUUAAAUGAAGUACAUAUUUUUCUAAUUCAAUGUAAGUUGAUUUCAUGACAUUGUCACAUCUUUAUUUUAUUAAGAAUUUUAAUGAAACAUUGUUGUUUUAAUCUAUAAUUGAUAAAAUUAAAAAAAAAAACUAUUUAAAAUAUUUGUUUUGUAAACUAAGCCUUGUUUAAUGUGUUUGCAGUUUAAUGAUGCUCUUAAUCAUCCUGAUACUAGGGAAAUCUGCAUUAGCACAUUGGUUGAUCCAAGGCUUGGAGAUAACUAUCCAUUUGAUGUAGUUCUCGAGAUGGCUCGACUUGCCCGGGCAUGCACACGUGACGAUCCGGAAUCACGUCCGAGUAUGACAUCUGUUUUGUACUCCUUAAUGACUCUUUCAUCCCUAACAGAGGAUUGGCAAAAGAAAUUUUAGAAUUUAUCUG